AUGACUCAUCGUUCAUUGUCUUCAUCCAUUCCAUCCUCAGCUCCCGGUCCAACUCAUGAACCAGCACGACAUCUGUCGCGAUUAACUGAUAAGCCAAUCGCAUCAUCGUCAUCGUCCGAUCAAAAUCAAUAUCUGUUGAUCAAUAAUCAAACGAAAAAAACACAUAAUAACACAAUUGUUCCACCACCACCACCACCAUUAACAACGUGUAAUCAAAUUUCAUCGACACCACGACGACCAUUAGAUGAAAGUAACUCUCCUGAAUUUCAAUUACAAAAUCGAUCCAAAAAAUCUCGUUCACAUGAACCAACACCAAAAAAUUUUAAUUCAAAUAAUAAAACAACAACAACACCAUCAUCAUCAUCAUUAGCAAUUGAUCGUCAAUUUUGUUUUUCUUCAGCUCAAUUAAAAUAUGCAAUAUCUAAUAAAUUACCAUGCUUUUUUUAA